CCAGGAGAACAGGGAGGAGACCCUGAAGGUGGAGGAGUUGAGUCAGAGUAGACUCCAUUAGAGAGGAGAGGAGGAGGAGGAGGAGGAGGAGGAAGAGGAGGAAGAGGAAGGACUGACUUCAGACCAGAAGAUGAGUGGUUUGGAGGAAGAGGGGGAUGGAGCAGAGUCUGGAGUAUCCAGCUGUCUGUCUAUGAAGACCCGGUCCAGAGGUCCUCCUCCAGACCUCAGUGAUGAACCUGGACCCUCAGACACAAAACUGACUUCAGAUCAGAAGAUGAGUGAUUUGGAGGAAGAGGAGGACGGAGCAGAGUCUGGAGGAUCCGGCUGUUGGUCUAUGAAGACCUGGUCCAAAGAACAACCUCCAGACCUCAGUGAUGAACCUGGACCCUCAGACACAAAAGAGAGGAAGAGAAGUGAUGAUUCUGAGGAGGAGCAGCCGUCCAGAUCCAGAUCCAGAACCAGAGCUGGACUGCAGACAGCCAAUCAGAGCAGCUCUACGCAGAUGGACGUUGGUCGUCAACAGAAGUCCAGGCUGAAGGAGACAUUUGAACAUGUGACUGAAGGAGGUGAAACAGGAAGUAGAACCCUCCUCAGCAGGAUCUACACGGUCCUCUACCUCUCAGAGGGACUGAGUGAAGAGGUUAAUACCCAACAUGAGGUGAGGCAGCUGGAGACAGCUUCCAAGAAGAGCCUCCAUCACUCUCCGAUCCAGUGCUGCGACAUCUUUAAAGCCUCACCUGGCCAACAGAAACCCAUCAGAGUGGUUGUGACGAGCGGCGUCGCUGGCGUUGGAAAAACCUUCUCAGUGCAGAAGUUCUGUCUGGACUGGGCCGAGGUGGAGAACCAAGAUAUCAGUCUGGUGAUCCCUCUUUCCUUCAGGGAGCUGAACCUGAUCAAAGAUGAGCAGUACAGUCUUCUGGAGCUGCUCCGUUUCCAUCCAACAUUACAGGAGGUCCCAGCAGACCAGCUCGCUGCCUCCAGACUUCUCUUCAUCUUUGACGGCCUGGAUGAAAGCAGACUUUCACUGGAUUUCAACAACGAUGACGCUGUUCCUGAUGUCACACACAAGUCCUCAGUCAACCUGCUGUUGACAAACCUCAUCCAGGGGAAGCUGCUUCCCUCGGCUCUCGUCUGGAUCACUUCCCGACCUGCAGCAGCCAAUCAGAUCCCUCCUGCGUGUGUUGACAGGGUAACAGAAAUACGAGGCUUCACUGACGCCCAGAAGGAGGAGUACUUCAGGAAGAGAGUCAGUGAUGAAGAGCGGUCCAGCAGAAUCAUCUCCCACAUCAAGACCUCCAGGAGCCUCCACAUCAUGUGUCUGAUCCCAGUCUUCUGCUGGAUCACUGCUACAGUCCUGGACCACAUGUUGACUACAGACCAGAGAGGAGAGCUGCCAAAGACCCUGACUGACAUGUACUCCCACUUCCUGCUGGUUCAGACAAAGAGGAAGAAGCUCAAGUAUGCUGAGGGACAUGAGACGAGUCCACAGGAGCUGACGGAGGCCGACGGGGAAGUUCUUCUGAAGCUGGGGAGGCUGGCGUUUGAACAGCUGGAGAAAGGAAACAUCAUGUUCUACCAAGAAGACCUGGAGCGCUGUGGUCUGGACAUCACAGAGGCCUCGCUGUACUCAGGAGUCUGUUCACAGAUCUUCAAAAGAGAGAGUGGGAUCUUCCAGAAAUCAGUCUACUGCUUCGUUCAUCUGAGCAUUCAGGAGUUUCUGGCUGCAGUCUACCUGUUCCACUGUUACACCAACAGGAAAAUCCUGGGAGAAGAAUUUGAUGAUGAUGAUGAUGAUAAUGAUGAAGAAGUAAAUUGGGAAGAUGACCAUUACCCAUCCCUGGAUGUCUUCCUAAAGGGAUUCAUGGAGAUAUCCCUUGAGAGUAAAAAUGGCCACCUGGACCUGCUUGUCCGCUUCCUUCAUGGCCUCUCUCUGGAGUCCAACCAGAGACUCUUAGGAGGCCUGCUGGGUCAGACAGACAACAGUCCAGAAACCAUCCAGAGAGCCAUCAACAACCUGAAGGAGAUGAAGAGUGAUGAGAUCUCUCCUGACAGAAGCAUCAACAUCUUCCAUUGUCUGACGGAGAUGAAGGACCACUCAGUCCAUCAGGAGAUCCAAGAGUUCCUGAAGUCAGAGAACAGAUCAGAGAAGAGACUCUCUGAGAUCCACUGUUCAGCUCUGGCCUACAUGCUGCAGAUGUCAGAGGAGGUUCUGGAUGAGUUGGACCUGAGGAAGUACUUCACAUCAGCGGAGGGACGACGGAGACUGGUUCCAGCUGUGAGGAACUGCAGAAAGGCUCGGUUUAUUAACUCUGACUUCUCUGAGACUGAGUGUGAAGUCGUGGCCUCAGCUCUGAAGUCCAACCCCUCCCAUCUGAGAGAGCUGGACCUGAGUAACAACAUCCUGGAGGAUUCAGCAGUGGAGCAUAUGUCUGCUGGACUGCAGAGUCCAAACUGUAGACUGGAGACUCUGAGAUUGAGGGACUGCAGGUUGUCAGAGACCAGCUGUGCUUCUCUGGUCUCAGCUCUGAAGUCCAACCCCUCCCAUCUGAGAGAGCUGGACCUGAGUCAUAACUACCUGCAGGAUUCAGGAGUGGAGCUGCUGUGUGGUUUUCUGGAGAGUCCAGACUGUAGACUGGAGACUCUGAGAUUGAGGGGCUGCAGGUUGUCAGAGACCAGCUGUGCUUCUCUGGUCUCAGCUCUGAAGUCCAACCCCUCCCAUCUGAGAGAGCUGGACCUGAGUGACAACAUCCUUCAUGAUUCAGGACUGGAGCUGCUGUGUGGUUUUCUGGAGAGUCCAGACUGUAGACUGGAGACUCUGAGAUUGAGGGGCUGCAGUUUGUCAGAGACCAGCUGUGCUUCUCUGGUCUCAGCUCUGAAGUCCAACCCCUCCCAUCUGAGAGAGCUGGACCUGAGUACCAACGAGCUGCAGGACUCAGACGUGGAGCUGCUGUGUGGUUUUCUGGAGAGUCCAGACUGUAGACUGGAGACUCUGAGGCUUAUUAACUGUCACCUCUCUGAGACUGAGUGUGAAGUCGUGGCCUCAGCUCUGAAGUCCAACCCCUCCCAUCUGAGAGAGCUGGACCUGAGACACAACAUCCUUGAGGAUUCAGCCGUGGAGCGUCUGUGUGCUGGACUGCAGAGUCCAAACUGUAGACUGGAGACUCUGAGAUUGAGGGGCUGCAGGUUUUCAGAGACCAGCUGUGCUUCUCUGGUCUCAGCUCUGAAGUCCAACCCCUCCCAUCUGAGAGAGCUGGACCUGAGUCUCAACAACCUGCAGGGUUCAGGACUGGAGCUGCUGUGUGGUUUUCUGGAGAGUCCAGACUGUAGACUGGAGACUCUGAGAUUGAGGGGCUGCAGUUUGUCAGAGACCAGCUGUGCUUCUCUGGCCUCAGCUCUGAAGUCCAACCCCUCCCAUCUGAGAGAGCUGGACCUGAGACACAACAAGCUGCAGGAUCCAGGACUGGAGCUGCUGUGUGGUUUUCUGGAGAGUCCAGACUGUAGACUGGAGACUCUGAGGUCAGUUCCCUGACUCUGUUACUAUUAGAGAUCUAAUAUCUUU